UUAUCGCUAUAUGACAAUUUGACAUACCGAGUUGGUGGAGAUGCUUUAAAAAUUAGAGGAAUAGCUUUGUACGUAUAUAUUUGUGAUGUAAACCUGCUAGCCAAUCACUCAUAGAACUUAAUCACAAAGGAAAUGGCAAAUAAUUCUCUGGAAAUCACACUCCGUCCUUAUAGGCCCUCAGAUGCUGAGGACUUCUUGACGUAUGCCGGUGAUGAAAAGGUAACACAAUUCACUCGUUGGAACACAUUCACCUCUAAGGAAGAAGCACUUUCCUACAUCAAGGAUUUUUGCAUCCCUCACCCUUAUUGCAGAUCCAUCUGCAUCCAUGACCGUUCGAUCGGAUUUCUCUUCAUCAAGCCCAGUGGUGAUGACAAGUGUCGAGCAGAGGUGGGAUACGCGUUAGCUGCUGAGUAUUGGGGACAAGGCAUAGCAACCAGAGCUGUGAAGAUGGCCAUAAGUAAUGGGUUUAAAGAGCUCACUGAUUUGGUCAGAAUGCAAGCUCUGGUUUUGGUGGAGAACAAGGCCUCCCAGAGGGUGUUGGAGAAACUUGGGUUCUACAAGGAAGGCCUCUUGAGGAAGUAUACUUUUCACAAAGGUGUAGUUCAAGAUAGUUUCAUGUAUAGUCUUCUGUCCACUGAUCCUAUGCCUUGAAACUCACCGUUUUCAUGCUAGCUAGCUUAUGUUGAAGCAUUUGCAGUCAGGCUUGUAUGAUAUUGAAUUACAAUUCAGAUAAUUAUCUA